AAUAUCACAUCCGGGAGUCUUACUUACACCAACCAAGAUGGCGGCUAUAGUGAAGGGAUGUCGAGUGCUAGAAAGAGUGCCAUUUUUGGCUCGGAAUCUGAGUGUUUCGUCGGCUCGGUAUGCUGAGCUCGCCGCUAAGCCACCUAUUCAAGUGUUUGGCAUCGAAGGUCGUUAUGCUCAUGCAAUGUAUUCUGCAGCAGCCAAACAAAAAAAUUUGGAGCAAGUUGAGAGUGAAUUAAGCAAAGUUGAUGAGCUUAUAAGAACAAAUGACAAACUAUCUGAGUAUCUGGCAAAUCCUACUCUGGACAAAUACAAGAAACAAUCACUCCUCACUGAUGUCUUGAAAUCACAGAAAUACUCUGAUCUUACAGUCAAUUUGUUUGGGACAUUGGCUGAGAAUAAUCGUCUCCGUCUUGUUCACAAUGUAGUGGUUGCAUUUGGUAAACUUAUGAGUGCAGCCAGAGGUGAAGUGUUGUGUUCAAUAACAACUGCCAAGGAACUGGAUAGCUCUCAAAUGAAAGAGUUGCAGACAGCUUUGAAAGGCUUUGUCAAACAGAAUGAAACACUUAAGAUUGAAACCAAGGUUGACCCUGCCGUGAUUGGAGGUAUGGUUAUUGAAAUUGGGGACAAACGCAUUGACAUGUCUAUGGCCACAAAGAUAAAAAAUAUAACAAAUGCUCUACAUGAAAGUGUGUAACAUCCUUGGACUAGAGUGGCAAGAUUUUGUAACUUGUACAAUAACGGUCCCACUUGUUUGAUUAACAAUCAGCAGUAGAGUUCUGGUGAUGUAUUGACUUGAGUGUAAUUACUUGAUUGUAGAGCUCUCCAUUUUGUUGGCAAAGUAAAACAUUUAAUAAUCGUAAGAAUUUGA